GCGCGGAUUGGCCAGCGUGCGAUCCGCCCCGGCAGCGGGGUAGUCUGCCCCCUGGCGGCGGCAGGAAGGGGCGGGCGCGGCGCCGGGAGCCCGAGAUGGUGGGCGCCGGGGCGCGCGGGGCGCCGCUGCUGCCGCCCUUGCUGUUGCUACUGCCGCUGCUGCGGGGCGCGGCGGGCGGCCUCGCUGACAGCGUCGUCUGGGCCGUCAACGCGGGCGGCGAUGCUCAUGUGGACGUGAACGGCAUCCACUUCCGCAAGGACCCGCUCGAGGGCCGCGUGGGCCGAGCUUCUGACUACGGCAUGAAGCUGCCAAUCCUGCGGUCCAAUGCGGAGGAUCAGAUUCUGUACCAGACCGAGCGUUACAAUGAGGAAACCUUUGGUUAUGAAGUUCCCAUCAAAGAGGAGGGUGACUAUGUGCUGGUGUUAAAGUUUGCAGAGGUCUAUUUUGCACAGUCUCAACAGAAGGUAUUUGAUGUUCGCUUGAAUGGCCACGUGGUGGUGAAGGACUUAGACAUUUUUGACAGAGUUGGACACAGCACAGCUCACGAUGAGAUCAUUCCCAUGAGUAUCAAAAAGGGGAAACUGAGUGUCCAGGGAGAGGUUUCCACGUUCACAGGGAAACUCCACAUUGAGUUUGUAAAGGGCUACUAUGACAAUCCGAAAAUCUGUGCCCUAUACAUCCUGCAAGGAACAGUGGAAGAUGUUCCAAAGCUGCAGCCACACCCAGGUCUGGAGAAAAAAGAGGAAGACGAUGAUGAAGAUGAAUAUGAUGAUGGCUCCAGUGUUAAAAAACAGGCAAAUAAGAACCGGGUUCAGUCAGGCCCACGCACACCAAACCCCUAUGCCUCGGACAACAGCAGCCUCAUGUUUCCUAUAUUGGUGGCCUUUGGUGUCUUCAUUCCUACCCUCUUCUGCCUCUGCCGAUUGUGAGAGCAAGCCCCACAGAGCAUCAGCCACGGGGCUGGGAGGGAAGGAGUUGGACCAAACACGGUUGCUUUCAAUUUCUCCAUAUUGUUCAUAAUUUAAGGGAAAAAAAAAAAAAAAAAAAAAAAAAAGAUGAUUCAUUUGGAAUGAGUAGCAGGUUCAGGUAAGAUGGAGCUUACCUUCCCCCUGCCAGCAAGCAGCGAGGCCCUUGCCUUCCCCUUCAUACCACGUGCAGCCUCUGAUCCUCCCUGGGGCAUCCAAGAGUAAACUGAGUCCUGGCUGGCUGUGUAUUGGGCUGUUGAAAGCUGAUGCUACCAGUCCUGGGCCACGUCCUGCACUGAGAGAAAGCCAUGUGCUGCCUGUGCUGGGUAGAAUACGGUUCCGUAAGCAGGGAAGCAGCUCUUGAAACCAGGCCUGGGUACACGUUGUGUCCAGGAGCAUGGAAAUGUUGUGGUGCCAUUGGGUGACUAACUACUAUGGAGGACGGAGCCUGGCUCAGCAUCUGCCCAAGUGUGUACAACACGAUGUAUGGUACUCACCUGCAUAAAAAUACCAAGACUCCAGCUAGCUGCUCAGCCUCUGUGGAGAUGUUCCCCUCCUAAGACUGCAAGCUGUGCCAGGAGCAGAGGGAUUUAUCUGGCCUGAUUUGCUGCACCAGUUGGGAAAGACUUUCCUAGUUUGGCAAUUGUAAUGCUAGAUCCAUUGCAGAGGGAUUCUGCUGUAGCCGCAAGAGGCUGACGUUAGCGUCUGAUCAGAUGCACUAGUUUUCUGUAUUGAUUAUGGCUUUUGUUUACUUUAAUAUCCUUUUAUUUUCAAAGGCUUCAUUUUAAGCCCAGUUCCUUGUUUUGCCCUUUCUAGCAAGUGACCUCUCCUUUGGAAGAAGCUGAGAAUCAGAUGACCUAGUGAGGAGGUUCUGGACUUGUUCCUUGACCUUCCCAACAGUUAUCUCCCUGCCCUGUGACUGUGAACAACCUGUGCUGUAGGACAGAGCAGAGCAACCUUGCGGAUGCUCCCUGUGGGCUCUGAUUCCCUGUCAUAGGGAUCAGACUCACCUGCAGUGGUGGGAAAUGCAGUGGAGUUGGUUAGUAUCUUCAGUUAGCCCAGUCUUUCAUGUGUCAAGUCACUGUGGUGAAGGGGCAGAUAUCCAACACUUCAGUACUGUAGAGCAAGGUGGUUUGUUGCCCUCCAGAGAUCUGGAAGUGAGCAGAACACUGGAGACAAGGUCACCCGCUUCCCCUGGGAGUAUUUCUGCAAGAGGCUUCUGUUUCCGCAUGCAGAGCCUGUGGCUGGCCGACAGAGGCUGAGCAGAGUGAAAGCCCUCGCUGCGCCUGCUGAUCCAGAGCUGCAGGCCCUGACGAGCUGCCUUUCCACGGUCUUGGCCUCUGGCAUGUUGAGUGCUUCUGGCUGGCAGGUGGGAGAUGUUCUGUGUGCUGGAACAAGAUCUGUCCCAGGUGGGGUUGGGUCCUUGCGGGCCAGCUUCGAUGCUGGUGAGCUCUGGCCUCACAGGAUACUUUACCUCAUGCUAUCUCUGUUCUCAGAAAUGCUCUCUCUUUACCCGGAGCAGUGGCACUGAGCAAUGUCCUUGCCCUGGGCCUGAGUUUUCUUAGUGGUUGUUCUUGGGUUUGAUCCCCUGCAGUGGCUCAGCCUUUCUUUGAGCUGAGAAGGGUCAGCAGAAUUCCCUAGUUUCUGGAAGGGAAACCGGAGGAGCCGCCUUUCUGGUCUGCCGGGCCCAAGCAGCUGAAGCCUUUGCUUCCUCCUAACCCUCAAGCUGUGAUGUGAGCUGCCAACUCACUAGCUCCAGAACUGGAGCUGGGGGAGGUGUCAAAGCACCGCUCUCUGCAGCAGUGGCACUGAACCUUGCCUUUCUGAUCUCAUACAUCGCUGCUAUGGGCCUGACCCCAAUUCUGUGUGAGCUAAAAAGCAAGCAUUAGGACCUUAAUUACCUUCUUUCCAGUUGCACAAGUGGUAACAGUCAGUUUGGGAGAAGCAAGAGGGUCCCUGCCACAGUUGAAGGAGAAGACAGGCUUUAGAGAGAGCAGAUCUCAAGAACGAACCUUAGGAUGAAAAGGCGGUAAGCUUGAAGUUGUGUGCUUCAUCUUCUAGCUGCUGUUAAAAUCCUAGUACUUAUAAAACUCGUAUAAAAUAUGAACUCUGUUUUGGUUGGUGACAGCGCCUGCAGAGAUUUUCCACCGUUUUUGGGAUUGCUUUAACUGGAGCAAGGAGACAUUUAGAUCUUUAUCAAUUUUGAGAAGCGUGAACUGUGCUGAUUUGUUAAGCAAAGAACCUGGGCUUGAAAUCAGGCUUCUCUGUAAGGAGCUGUUCUCCUCCAGGCCUUUUAGAUUGCAUUUUAUUUGAGCAUCCUUGAAACAAGGAAUCACUCAGCUUCUUGUGGCUUACCCGGUAAUCUGCACGUUGCCUCGCAUGAGAAGAGGGGUGUGCAUUUAGGUGUGCAAAAGUCAGAAGUCUUCUAGGAUAGUUUAUCCCUGCCUCUCAUGGCAGUCAGAGCACCCAUUUGGUGCCAUUGGCUGUCCUAAAGCAGAGCUGUGCAGAGUGUGAUCUGUUGUGUUCCAGUUGCUCAGAUCAAAUGAAUUUGUCUUAUUUGAAUAAGAAUAGGGAGGAGGAAUAGUUCAUCAUGGCUUCAAUUUAGUUGUUUUGGCUCUGUUUUAAUGCAUCUUUGUCACGACAAGCUGGGUGGUGGGGCUGUUCCUGACCCAGUCAGGGUGCUAUGAGCAGUUUUCCUUGUUUGUUGGUCCAUUCCCUCCUGACGGGUUUGCCACCUUCAAGCAAAGCGUGUGGGAACAUGGGAGGAUGGAAGGGGAUAACCAGUGAGCACCUCACUGGGAACGGCAUACUCAGGCUGGCUCCCCUUGCUGUCUCUGUCUAGCAUCUGCAAGCCAGCCAGAUGGGUAUAAUGAGGUACCUGGUCCUGACCAGGGAAAGAAGUAGUUUUGGUUGGUUGUAGCUUUCCAGCAUGGGUGUUUGAGGGAAUAUCCAAAACAUUGUUUAGUUGAGACUGGUUAGAGGCAAGCCUGUUUGUGCUUUGUUGCCUCCUGCCAGCAGCAGGCUGGUGAAAUACAGUCCCUGUGCAGCAGUGUGGGAGCUGGGUCGGAACAGACUCUGGCUUGAUUCGUGGAGCAGUUGUGUAGAGGGGCUGGUAAGGCAAUUUUAAUAAAGCUUCCACUUAAUAAAGGGAAGAUGACACCUUCAAUCAUAUUUUGGGCCUGGAUCCAGCCUCAGGGUAGUGGUUCCAAAGCCUGUUUUAAUUACACUCUCAUCAGCCCCUCCUUUCGUACCUUUAAGCCAGGCCAUUUUCCCCUUCUGUGUGUGUGUGUGACUAAAACAACAGCUCUGACCCUUUUGAGUAUCCCAGGUGGCUGUAAGCAGAAAGCCAAAUGAAUUCCCUUCUCUUUUUGGUGCCUUUGUCUCAGGCUUUGAAUAAAAGUCUAUUUGAAGAAGCUUCUUUUUUGUUUUAAGGAGCUUCUGAGUUGUUUUUACUUUUUCCCCAGGGGACAGGCAUUCCCUGCCCUCACGAUCAGCUGGGGACUGUCUCACUGUCCCUAGACACCAGCUCUGGAGGUCACAGCUGAAGCAGAGAACCGUGAGCGAGCAUCUUUGGUUCCAGUCCUUGAGGUCAAUGGAAAAAAAGCCUAGCAGGGGAUAGAAGAACUGGGAGAGCUCCUUCAGGUCUGGUCUCCCCCAGAAAUCUCCCGAAGGCAGAAUGGAGAACUUCCAGGCAGUCUGGUGCCUGUGUGUUUGUAGUUCAGAGCUGAGUGAGUCACGACUACAUCCUGGUAGUUGUAUGGUGCUUACAGCUUCUGCAUGGAGAGUGUAGCAUGGGGGGUCCUGCUCCCCAGACUUAAUCACUGAAGGCUUGCCCCACAGUGUUUGGGUCUGAAGAGGGAGCAGAGACCUGUGCUUUAUCCCUUGGCCUUUAAAUGAAAUGGAAUUGCAGAGCCAGGGAGAUGUCUUGAUAUGGGAAGUUGGGGAUGAACAGGCCUGUCUGAUGGAAAACAGCAGGAAGAGGGAGAGGACCAGCAGAGCAGAUUCAGCCCUUGAUGUGAGACAGGUUCUGAGCAGCUGUGAAGUACCAAGUGUUUCAGGCUCUGUUUGCUCAAACGUGGGAGAGAUCCGUCUGCUUCUUGCACUUAUGUGGUAGGGAGGGAAAUAUCCUUGCUGAGAAUCCAAGGGAAAUGGGAACUGGGCCAGCACUGAGCUAAUUUACCUACUGGCGCUACUGCAUCUCCACAACAAAUGCCAGAGUCUAAUACAAUUCAAGGAUGCUUUUUUUAACAUCAGCCUGGUUCCACCAGUCUGUCUUCACUGGCUAGUCCCAAAUAGGCCCCGACAAGUAUUAUCAACAGCACAGACACAACACCGGGCCAGAGCUGUGAAGGCUCAGAAAUGUGAUUACACCAAUAGGCCUCCCGUGCUGCGCCCCUGCUUCACGCGCUGCCCAGUGGGGCUGGGGCAUGUGCAUUUGUUUCACCUUGGAUGCAGACGGAUUUGUCCCAGGAGUACAGUAGCAACUGUAUUGAAAUGGUGCUGGGCUGGAUGGGAGAGGUGAAAGCAGGUCCAUGUCUUCCGGGACUCUGGCUUGCUCAGAGUUUAUUGCUGUAUAUUAAAUACUAUUUUUGGAGAUUGGGGGGAAGAUGUGGGAGGGGGAGGGAUGUGGUGGCACUGUCCCCAGUCUGAGCAGUGGGACGCUACUGCAGGUAAUUGAUAGGUUUUGAUUUUUUUUCCCAAAAAAGUGCUUUAUUUAAAAAAAAAAAAAUCAACAAAACAGAAGUGCUUUCCUUCCUCCUAGAAACAGUGCUGGCUGAUUAGAAAAUAUGAAUAAUCUUUUGCAAACAUCAAAAGUCUCUGCUAAAGAGUUUGUGUGAUGGAAUUUUCAAGGCAAGGAGUGAAGUACAGCUUGAACCAGUUUAACUGGGGAGAGUGUGAAUCUAAGAAAUGCAGGAUCUCUGCCCUGGAGUUGUUCCCGGUCACACGUAGUGGGGAUGUGCUUGCCUGUGCUACCAUGGCUGUUCUGUCACACUGUCACAGUUCCUAAGCUAGGGUGCUGGAGUGAAGCCAUGUCUGGAAACUUGCUGUCAAGUGGGGGCUUGGAUUUUUCGUGCUUUCUAUGGGGGCUUCGUGCUUUCAGGGCUUUCCCACUCAAGAAGCAGCCAGGUCGGUAACACAGCCCCAGAGACUGUGAGAGCAGAGGCAGGAUUUGUGCUUCGUGCAGGAGGCAGUAGCCCCGACUGCGAGGCGCUGGGCAGGUGAUGGUGACGUUUGGGUCCCAUCGUUGUAGCAGCUUUUCGCGUUGGCAGGAGGUCCCACCGCUCCCUGGUGCCCGGCUGCGUAGGCUGGGAUGCGUGGAAGCGACCUGUGGCGUUGGCAUUGAGGACAUGUCACAAACUACUUGAAGCUGCAGGUCUAAGUUGUCUGUAAAGUCUAAAGCAGUGUGGGGAGAGAUCCCCAUCUGUACUUGUCACCAGUACAAAGGGGUUUUAUGGAGGAUUUUUUUAUUUUACUGUCCAUUGCUUUCUGUUAUAACAACUUGCAGUCACAUUUUUUUUUUUUAGUUUGUUUUGCAGCAAGCUUGGGCCCUGGGUGAAAAGCACAGAUGUCUAUUUCUGAUUGCAUUGGCUUUGCAGGGACUAGUUUGGGGGAAAAGAUGGGUGUGGGGGUGGGUUAUUUUAUUUUUGGUACAUGGUAGCGGUUUUAUUUUUUAAUUUCCCCAGGAUGUUUGGUUGAGGGAAUGUUCUGAAAUCUACUGUCUGGCAGUUUUAACCAGCAGUGUGUUAAAGGAAAAUAAACAAGAUUAUAUUGUCA